CGCUAUAUUGAAAUCAAUUUCAGAUCAUGCCAACCCUUAGUUAGCCAAUUUCUCCGCUAGUAAUAUGUACAAGUCGUCGCUAUUUAUUGCACUGUUCGGCGUUUUAGUUUGCCUGAGCACGGCUAGACUAGCCGCGACUAGGCUACAGGCGGCAGUCUGUCCCAGACGAUGUGUUUUGGCAUUUCGCUGCUCCCCGUACUACAAGGAUAUAGUUUGGAGCAUUGUCGAUGGUCAAUGUCGUGUCUUUCAGAAUGGCUGCCUAUUCGCAUCGGAAAACUGUUCACGCGUAAAUAGUUGCAAAAAAGAAAUGACGCAAACAACACGAGAGGAAUGCGUGACAAAAUGUCCUCAAAUAUGUCCAUUUGAAGGCAGGGGAGUUUGUGGCUCGUUCCCUGAAAUGAAUGCAAACAACACCCCAGAAUGGAAGUCAAUCACUUUCCUCAAUGAAUGCGUGCUAAAUCAAUAUGCUUGCCAGAGUGGAAUAGCUUAUGUGGGUAUGACUGAGGGUGAGUGCGCGCGCAAUUAGAUCUUCACUUGAAACGCAGUAGAGACCAGAACUCUUGCAUUCAUAUAAUAUAAGCGAAUGCUUCAUAAAUAUGUUAAAAAAUAAACAAACGAAAAUAACAACUGCAA